AUGUCUGUUCCUUUAACCAAAGUCGACUCUGCCAUCGCUGGCUUGUCCAUAUCUGACGAGAAGCCCGCUUCCACCGAGAAGGAGGUCAAGAAGGGCCUCAAGAAGGACCACAGGCGGACUUCCUCAACGGCAGAAGGCGUAUGGAACAUCAAGGACCUUGAAGAACAAGGCAUCGAAAUCACCCUUCCCAUCGAAACACAAAAGACGGGAUGGAAACUAAAUACCUCCCCAAACACCAUCGAGGACAAGGAUAUCCUCAAACUACAGCUCAUCCACCCCCCGGUCAAGAAGAUUGACCUACACUUCCCCCUAGGCUUGGAGGUCACUGCUCGGAACUCCAAGGGUGUAACAAUCAAGGAUGCAAUGGAUGCCAUCCACAAACAAUUCAAAAAGAAGGCGGACGACGAACUGGACAAGCCCUACCUCGCUGGUUUCGAGUGGGACAAGGAUGAGUGCUGGACACGUCUGAUUGUGCACCAGAAGAGGGAAGGACAGGCACAACAGCCAAGCAAGAAGUCCAAGAAGAAGAACAAGGAAGAGGCAUAA